AUGUCGGAGUGGGUUGGCUUAUUUUUACUCUUGAUGCAGUUACUCGCUGGUGGCGCUUUCAGCUGGAAGUUUGGUGCUCCUCAAGUCGGCAAUGAACCAAAUAAGGAGGCUCCUGGGGUACCACAACCCAGCGAUGUGGGGAAUACUGCAAAUCACACGAUUCUUACCAGGCAACUGGUUGUGGGAACAUUAGUUCCGCCAUUACUACCAGCACCACCAGGCACUUGGCCUCCAGUACCCAGUAUAGUUAAUCCUGGAACUAGUUAUUGCCAGUGUGUGCCUCCCGGAUCCUGUGCGAAUCCUUUGCCCACAGUCCCUACCGAUGGGAGUGGACAAUUAGACAUUCGAAUUGUGAAUAAUGGAGGACUUUAUCCCACACCGCCAACAACAGCCUCCACAUUGACCUGUAGCUAUGGACUAGUGGCUUGUUGUCAGGCAGGAAGCUAUCAAUGCGGUCGUCGGUUCCCACCACCGCCAGGCGCUUCACAGGCUAGUCCUGGACAGGCCAGUUUUGGUGCCUAUCCGUGGCAAGCAGCGCUGUUGACCACAGCAGAUGUCUACUUGGGUGGAGGCGCACUGAUUACGGCACAACAUGUUCUUACCGCCGCCCAUAAGGUUUACAAUUUGGGUCUGACUUCAUUUAAGGUGCGACUUGGGGAAUGGGAUGCGGCCAGCACAAGUGAGCCGAUACCCGCCCAAGAUGUUUAUAUUUCCAAUGUCUAUGUGAAUCCUUCAUUUAAUCCUACCAAUCUUCAAAACGAUGUGGCCAUCCUUAAGUUAGCGCAGGCUGUAUCCUUGACCAGUAAGUCAACCGUGGGCACAAUUUGCCUGCCCACCACCAGUUUUGUGGGUCAACGUUGCUGGGUUGCUGGCUGGGGUAAGAAUGAUUUUGGUCCCACAGGAGCUUACCAGGCGAUUGAGCGACAAGUGGAUGUGCCCCUGAUACCAAAUGCCAAUUGCCAGGCAGCUUUGCGAUCCACUCGCUUGGGCUCAUCGUUCGUCUUGAGUCCCACUAGUUUCAUUUGCGCUGGCGGCGAAGCUGGCAAGGAUGCGUGUACAGGAGACGGUGGAUCGCCAUUGGUUUGCACCAACAAUGGGGUCUGGUAUGUUGUGGGACUGGUGGCCUGGGGAAUCGGCUGUGCCCAAGCCGGUGUGCCAGGUGUUUACGUUAAUGUUGGAACGUAUUUGCCUUGGAUACAAACAACCUUGACGCAGUAGCAUCUAAGCACACUUAUCUAAAUACAUUUCACUUAAAACAA